GUGAGCAGCGCCUGGCAUGCCUGAGCCUCUGCUCUCUGCAGCUCAAGGGAAAGACGAGAUCUUGCACAAGACACCUCGUGUCCCCCUCUGCAAGGGAGGGUGACAUGGAGCCUGUCCGGCUGCUCAUCCUGCUGUCUGUCACAGGGCUGUGCCGAGGCCUCAACACCACGGUGUUCCAGGGCCUGGCAGGCCAGUCCCUGCGGGUGUCCUGCCCCUACGACUCCCGGCAGCACUGGGGGAGACGCAAGGCCUGGUGCCGCCAGCUGGGCGAGGAGGACUCGUGCCAGCGGGUGGUCAGCACCCACCACUCGUGGCUGCUGUCCUUCCUGAAGCGGCGGAACGGGAGCACGUCCAUCACAGACGACACCCUGGGCGGCAGGCUCACCAUCACGCUGCGGAACCUGCAAGCCCACGACGCUGGCCUCUACCAGUGUCAGAGCCUCGGCGGGAGGGAGGCCAGCACCCUCAGGAAAGUCCUGGUGGAGGUCGUGGCCGACCCCACUGAUCGCCAGGACCCCGGUGCGCUCUGGAUCCCCGAGGAGUCCCAGGGCUUUGAGGACGCCCAGGUGGAGCACAGCAUCUCCAGGAGUCUCUUGGAAGAGGAGAUGCACUUUCCACCCACUUCCGUCCUCUUCCUCCUGGCCUGCGUCUUCCUCAGCAAGCUCCUGGCAGCCAGCGCCCUCUGGGCUGUGGCCUGGCAUGGGCAGAAACUGGGGCCGCCUCCAGCCAGUGUGCCCGACUGCAGCCACGACCCAGGUCACCAGCUCCAGACCCUGACUGGGCUGAGGGACACCUGAGAGGAGAGGACCCCACGUGGGACGAGGCCCUGGAGAGGUCUGCAGGGACCUCCCCAGCCUGCACACUCGCCCCUCAGCCACCAAGACUCCUGGUUCUGCUCUGGCAAAACCCCACUUUGCCUGCACUCUGCUUGCCCUUG